AUUAAAAUUUUCCCUUCAACUGGUUACAUUCAUUACCUCUAGUGAUGAUGUGGUCAGACCGGUUCAGCAGACAUUAGACAAACGUAAUACGAAUACGAAAGUUACUUAAUUGGUUUCUGUGAUUUGUACAGUUACGUCUACUCUCGUAAGGUGUAUUUGAAGUGAACAAUUUCUGCUUCUGUUUUACUGUUUUCGUUCGCGGAGAAAGUAACUUUUGGGUUCUCAAUUUUUUUAAAUUUUGCCCAAAAUUCUAUAAAAAUGGUUGGUCAAAGCAAGAAAGUAUACGUUGUUGGUGUUGGAAUGACCAAGUUUGAGAAACCGGGUCGCAGAGAUGAUUUCGAUUACCCGGAUAUGGUCCAUGAAGCGGUCACAAAAGCUUUAAAAGAUUGCAAUCUGACUUAUAAUCACAUCAAUCAAGCUACCGUUGGAUACGUUUACGGUGAUUCAACAUGCGGACAACGUGCCUUGUAUGGGCUAGGGAUGACUGGUAUCCCGAUAUUCAAUGUUCAUAAUAAUUGUUCCACCGGAUCUUCAGCUUUACUCCUUGCAAAGCAAAUUGUAGAUUCUGGAAAUGCCGAAUGUGUCUUAGCUGUUGGUUUCGAAAAAAUGGAAAGAGGCUCAUUAACGUCAAAAUAUCUCGAUCGAACCAUCCCAUUAGAUAAACAUGUUGAAACAAUGGCCGAAGUUGCCGGCCUCGAUGGUGCUCCAAUAGCUGCUCAACUUUUCAGCAAAGCAGGAGAAGAACAUAUGAAAAAGUACGGCACUACCGCCGAACAAUUGGCUAAAAUUGCAUACAAGAAUCACAAACAUUCCAUUAAUAAUCCGUAUUCGCAGUUUCAAGAAGAGUAUUCCUUAGAGCAAAUUCUCAACGCGCCCAAAGUAUCAGGACCCUUAACCAAAUUACAAUGUUGCCCGACUUCGGAUGGAGCUGCAGCUGCUAUUUUAGCUUCGGAAGAUUUCGUGCUACGAAAUAAUUUGCAAAAAAAUGCCGUUGAAAUUUUGGGCAUAGAAAUGACGACUGAUUUACCAUCUACGUUUUCUGAGAAAAGUGUCCUCAAAGUUGUUGGUUACGAUAUGACGAGACUAGCAGCUGAAAGAUUAUUCGCCAAAGCGGCUCGAAAACCAACUGACGUUGAUGUGGUCGAACUUCACGAUUGUUUUUCUGCCAAUGAACUAAUUACUUACGAAGCUUUGGGAUUAUGUAAUCCAGGAGAAGCUGGCUUAUUGGUUGAUUCGAAUCGUAAUACGUACGGUGGUAAAUAUGUUAUCAAUCCGAGCGGUGGGUUGAUCUCUAAAGGGCAUCCAUUAGGAGCUACUGGAUUGGCUCAAUGUGCUGAAUUAUGCUGGCAAUUACGAGGUGAAGCUGGAAAACGACAAGUUUCCAAUGCUCGAUUAGCCUUACAACAUAAUAUUGGAUUGGGAGGAGCUGUGGUUGUAGCGUUGUAUCAACAUGGUUUUCCUUACACUUUAGAUCAAAACGUUAAGCUGAACCCGGUCAAUGCGGUAGCUGAUGAUCCGAAUGUUUUCAAAGUGGGCCCAUUAUUUAAAAUUCUUGAAGAAGCUAUGCACGAUGAUAAAGACAAUCUGAUCGCUUCUGUUCGCGGUAUUUACUGCUUCAAAGUGAAAAAUGCCGAAGGCAAACAAGGCAUGUGGAUCAUAAACGCGAAAACUGGUAAAGGAUCGGUCACCUAUAAUGGAAAAGAAAAAGCCGAUGUCACUUUUGCCAUGAACGAUGAAGACGUCUUCGACUUGAUUUCCGGUAAAUUGAAUCCGCAACAAGCGUUUUUCCAAGGAAAAAUUAAAAUUCAAGGAAACAUGGGUCUAGCUUUAAAACUGACUGAAUUACAGAAAAAAGCUCAUAAUAAAAUAGAAGCUUUAAAAUCUAAAUUAUAAACGGUGGCGCAGUGCAAUUUUUUUUAGGGUUUUGGUUUAGGUGUUGUUUUUAUAAUAUGAUCUACGUAUUCGUAAUUGAAAUUAUUAAAAUUAAUUUUCAUUCACGCCGAAUCCUAGUGAAAUAGUUUUGAUUACUUUUGUGUACUUUUUUAUUAUUGAUUUUUUUCCCCCAUUUAAGUUUCACGUACCGGUACCUAUGCUUUUAUAUUCAUAUUUUAGUAUUCUAAGAAUAAAUUUGUGUGAGUUGAUGGGUUAAUUUUAUAGGCAAAAUAAGGAUAUAAUAAUAUUUCAUGUUGUUUGUUUAGAUGUAUUUAUUUAUUCAUUAUUUUUUACCAUUUUCAUUACCUAUUUUGUUGUUAUUAUUUGUUAUUGGAUGUAUUACGCGUACGAUAUGUGAUAAUAAAUUAAUUUGUAAUCGAGAAAAAAA